AUGACAGAUUGUACUACUAACAGAUACAGUUCGUUUCUAUAUGUAGUCGUUGAUAUUUUCAAUAAGAAUGGGUAUAAUCAUAAGUGUGGCUACACGAUAAAACCUAAGGUGAAACUCGGAGAUCCAAGGAAGGAAUUCAAAACAUACAUACACUCCUUACCAGCCUGGGGAUUUAAUGAACUGUUUUAUUAUGUAGGUAGAAUCGACUACAAUAAAUCUGAACAAAAUGGGUUUCGACACAUUACUUCUUGUCAUACGGAUGUUGUAGUCUACUAUUGGGGUCAUGAUGAAGAUAAUCUAUGCCCCUUACUCAUUAGACUUACGAGAGGAUCUUGGUUCUCUUAUUACUAUGAAUACUACAUUCCUACGGGGAUAGGUUCUAACGAGUGGAAAAAAUAUGGUAUAGCCAAGAAUGUAUAUAGCGGACUUACAAAGAUUGUUAAUGAUGAUGUUUUUAAAAAGGUAGUUACUCUAAACCUCAGCAAGACUAGCGGAACAUAUGCAUUUGAUGGUACGGAUAACUCAUCCAUAAAUACAGGUGUUAGGAUACAAGUUACUGGACCAGAAAAUAAACCCUCUGCGGAUUAUAAGAAAUUUACUCACCGUCUUGAGAGUGGUGAAUCAAUGAGGAUACUUGGAACAAAACAUAAUAAUGAGUUUAUCAACUUCAAAGAUUCUGUUAUACAAACACCAUACUAUCAUGCCCAUGUCUACUAUGCAACUACCGAUGGUGAUUAUGCUAAACCCCUAAUUCUGGAACUUGGCAUCAGUAGUGACACCUACUACAGAUUAGAUGGUGAGAAGUGGGUUAAAGAUACUAGUAUAAAGUCUGGUAAUCUAGAAACGCAUCUUCAAAAUUUCAGUGGAGCACAUAUAAUAGAGAUCUCCCAGAAGGGGCAAUAUAACUGUAGUUCCCCUGGUUGUAGUCAGAAUAUUCAAGUAACACCCGAAGAUAACACUUACAAUUAUACUAGACAAAGACAUCACCUUCAGGGAAAUAGACCAUUCUCUGUCUCCUCCUUUAUUGGAAGUAACUCAACUGUUCAAACAGGUCUUUCUUCUCCAACUAAUGUGACUGAAGUAAACGUCUUUUGGUAUCCUAAGGAUAACAUCCCUAAGCCACUCCUAAUUUUCUAUGGAUCUAGAGUAACUAGAAAGUGUUUUAAGAAGGUUAGAGGUAAUGAUAAUACUUGGGAGGAAGCGCUUGGAGAUGAUAAGCCUAAAAGUGCUGAUGACCACGAUAAGAUUAAGAAGCUCCUUACAGAAAAAGAAUCUACACAAGUUACCAUUAAACUUGACCAGGUAUCUUCAUCAUCUGAAACUAGCUAUACAUCUGGUAAUGCAACUAUUGAGAUUAAGACCGGUGCUGCUGAUGUAAGUGGUUUCUCACAAAUUACACAUACUGCCAAAGAUAACGAGAGGUUUAGGGUAACGCAAGUUGAACAUAAUGGUACUCAACUUACUGGUAUAGACUCUGAUAAACCUCUUGGUAGUUUUUCAGUAUUCUAUGCUAAUUCAGACACUAAACAUGAAAAGCCACUUCUUGUUGGACUGGAAAUUAAAGAGGAUACUAAAACUACUCAUGAGUAUUAUAAGAGGCCCGAUGGUAAUGCACCUACAUGGACUAAAAUUGAGAGGAAGGAAAAAGAGGAAAAAGAAACUGAAGAUGAAGAUACAACAGAACUGAAUGAAGAUACAUUAAAGCCUAUACUUGAUGAGCUUAAGAGUGUACAUAUUUCUGAGUCAUCUAAUGUAGGUACUAUAGCCGGUGGUGUUACAGGAGGCCUAGGAGUUACCGGAGGUCUCGUCGGUGUUACUAUAUGGAAAUGGCCUUCUAUAAUGUCGUUUCUAAUAACUCGUCUGUAA